AUGGCGGCAAAGAAGGACAUGCGGAGGACUGACCUAGGUGAGUGGCAGCGACAUUCUAAGGAGGUGACGUUCAACCAGACUAAUCAGAGCCAUCAAGUCAUUCCAUAUGUCGAGCCAAAGGAAGACAAGUCUGCGGACUUCAGCUCGACCUUUGCGAGUACAAUGCCCAUGGCAGCUAUGUUUAUGAGAAACAGGAUGCUUGGCUGGUUCUCUUUAUUAUCAGCACUUCUGAAUUGGCUUGGAGAGACUUCUGCUCAAAAGCAGAGCAAUGGUACCCCUGCAUAUCUGACUUUUGGCAUGGCAAUCCUUGCUGUCGCUGUGGUAAGCUCGAUUUAUCUGCUUGACCCCUUCGCGGAGGCCGACGACGACACUGGGGAAGCGAAGCAGUCCCAAAAUUACAUCCACAUUCGUAUCCAACAGCGCAAUGGUCGUAAGACUUUGACAACUGUCCAAGGCCUUCCCAAGAAGUUCGACCAGAAGAAGAUCCUCAAGGUCAUCAAGAAGAAGUUCGCUUGCAAUGGCACGAUCGUCACUGAUAGUGAGAUGGGCGAGGUGAUUCAGCUCCAGGGUGAUCAGCGCAAAGAUGUUCAAGAGUUCUUGGUCGCCAAAGAUGGCCUCGAGCUCGACGCUAAGACUAUCAAGGUCCACGGUUUCUAA